AUGCAUGACCCAAGCUUCCCAAAUUUAAAUAAAAAAAGAGCUGCAGCCAGGUCAAUUACUGCUACCAAUAGAAGGAAUUCAAAGAAAUCGAACAGCAUAUUCCUCAAUUUAAACGAAAUUUCAGCAGAAAUUGUAAACACUGACCCAUCUAUAGAGAUGAGUCCAGUUGCGUUUUCAAGUUCUCCAUAUAAAAAAUAUUCUGAAUUAUUUUGUAAUUCAGAGCUUACCAGACUUGAUAAGGAUCUUGAUAAGUUCGAAAUUGAUUUACUCCAGUGAUCAUAUUGAGGAAAAAUUAUUCUUUUGGGCCAAUAAGUAAAAUAUAUUAUUUUCGAAAAAAUGAGGGGAGUUAGAAAGUUUUAAAGCAGCUGAUAUUAGGGAUUUUAAGCUGAUCAGUCAAGUUUUUGAGAAAUAUCAGGAGUAUAUGGAAAAUCUUGCAAUUUGUGCUAAACAAAAAGAUAAUACGCUUGGAAAUUGUAUUAUAAGAGGAGUUAUUGGUUAUAAAAAAGCAUAUCAUAAUAUCAAAAAACAUUUAUGCCUUACUCCCCCCCCCCCCUCCGUGAGCGAACAAAAAAAUUUUGUUCGCUCACGGAGGGGGGGUUAAUUUUUUUUUUUUAAAAAAAAUUUAUAUAUAAAUUUUAUAAAAAAUAUUUUUUUUUCGAAAUUAAAAAAAUCCUAAUUUGCAAAAAUUGGGAAGCAAAUAUUAAUUUAAUUUUGCAAAAUUUAUGUUUAAAACGCAAUUUGUUUAAAAUUAAACAGAAUUAGCUCUAGAUUUCAUUAUACUAAUUAUCACUUAUAUAUCAAAAAUUUUUUUCCAUUAAAAUUUUUUCUAUUAAAAAAAUUUUUGUUCACUCACGGAGGGUGGGUUUUUGGUCAAAAAAUGGCGAUUUUUCUAAUGGUUUUGUUCGCUCACGGAGGGGGGGGGGGGAGUUAGCACAUUGUAUGUCUUUAAUCUUCACAUUAUUUUUCUCAAGGUUUUUUAACAAAUAAAAAAAUAUAAAAAAUAUCGAGUCUUUUAAAAAAUCAGAGAAGCAUAACUCCAAAGAAGACUGAACCCAAACAGGAGCUUUACCGCUGAAAAUAAUCGAAAAAACAAAUGGAGGAGAAACCCCUGACCUCAAUUUUCUCAAAGAACUAGGCGAAAAACUGCAAAACCUCAAAUUCACCACAAUCACAAGCCAGCUGUGAGACCUCUAUGACUCAUUAUGCCAAAUGCAUACUGAUGUCCCAAGCCCCAUAGAAACCCCUGAUUUUAUGAAAUUUGACGCCCAAGAAAAAGCUAAAGAGCUUGAAAUCGGAGUUGCAAAUUUAAAAAAUGAUUUAAAAAUUAAAUUUGAGAAUGAAAGGAUUAAAAAAGAAAUUGAAGUCGCAGAAAAAGAAUGCCAAGCUGAUUAUAUUGGAUUAGAGCAUAGAAAAGGAUCGAUUUUAGAAGGUAUGCUGGAGAAAAAAGAAUUAGAAUUUCUCAAAAUUAAGCGCAAGCACGAUUUUCUCCUUGAAGACAAAAAAAAGCUUGAAGAACAAAUAAAGCUUAAAGACUCCAAAAUCCAAGAACUGACUGAAGCUCUCGGCCUUAAUGAAAUUGUUGUUCUAAAAGUAAAAAUAACUGAAAUUUCCAAUGAAUUGAGAUCAGAAAAAAUCAUAAAUGAAAUAGCCAAAGAAAAACUCGACAAAAAUAAAAUAGUCAUAAGCAAUUUAAAAAAAGAAAAUGAGGGCUUAAAGAUCAAACUUAUAGGGAAGAGAAAUAAAAUUCAGCGAAUAAAAGAGGAUUAUUUCCAAAAAAGUGUGCUAUGGAGGAUCGCUGAAGAAAAAAAUAAGCAAAUUGAAGAUGCAUGGUAUCAACUUAAUGGGAAAAAAUUCGUAUAUAUUGGAAUUGAUAGCGAUGAAAUUAUUAAAAAAUAUGGCCUUGAAAAAGCUAGGGAAAGCGAUGAAGAAAGGAUCGAAGGGUCAAUUGUGAAUUUUAAUGAGAAAAAAGGAAGUAGAAAUGGAUCUUAUUCUCAUCAAAAGGCAAUGACGAAUAGGAGCAGAGGAAGAUCGACUUAUUUGGAUGAAAAUUUAGAGGAAAAUGAUGAUCCUAAAAGGAUUAGAAUGAGGCAGGCAUCUAAAAAUGAAAAAUUGUCAAAAAAUUAUGAAAAAGAUGAUAUGAAUAGAAGUUUGGACGAAAAAAAUAGUUUGCUUCAUGGCCAUAGGACAGGAGAUUGUGGGGAAAUAUCAAAAAAAUUUUCAACUGAAUUAGAGAGAUUGAAUGAGCUUUUAGAAAAAGCGGAAAAAGCAUUAGUAAUUACACUAGAUAAGGAGCAGAUGAUUUUAUUUCAAAAAUAUAAAGAUCUGCUGGGGUUAAAAGACAGUCAUUACGAUAGCUUCAGCGAAAACCUGAAAGCCAUACUAAUUCAUGAAUCACAGAAUUUUGAUAGCUUGCCUCAUGUUGGCAAAAGUAAAAAUCCUUCUACUUUAAAAUAAUUAAUAUGGUGGCGGCGACGAAAUAUGCCUUUGACGAUACACCACUUUGAUGCUAAAUGGUUUUAUAGCUUAAUCCAAGGCCAAGACUUUAUCCCUAAUCCUUAGCUUGCCAAGAGUGGCCGUAUAGAGCGGCAGCCUUGGGAGUCAGUUGGUACCAAUUCCGUUCCAGGCAUUAGCUAUAAGGGAGGUUUUGGACUACAGAUUCUUUUUUCCUGGGUGUCUACUUAGCAAACAGGGUCUAGUUGUUGCAAGCGCGCGGAGGCUUCAAAUCUGGAAGAUCUUAAGCCCGUUAUCUUUAAUCUUAAUCUUCUACGUUAAAAAGCAAAUUAAAGAAAACUUUUUUGACUUCUGAAAACCUAAAUAAAACUUUGCCACAUCCUCCCAAAAUUAACUUACUCUCCCCCUCCGUGAGUGAACAAAACCAUUAGAAAAAUCGCUAUUUUUUGCCCAAAAACCCAUCCUCCGUGAGUGAACAAAAAAUUUUUUUAAUAGAAAAAUUUUUUAUGGAAAAAAAUUUUGAUAUAUAAAUGAUAAUUAGUAUAAUGAAAUCUAGAGCUAAAUUCUAUUUAAUUUUGAACGAAUUGCUUUUUAAAAUAUAAAUUUUAUAAAUUAAAUUAAUAUUUGCUUUCAAAUUUUGAAAAAAAAAAUUUUUUAUAAAAUUUAUAUAUAAAUUUUUUAAAAAAAAAAAAUUAAGUCCGUGAGUGAACAAAACUUUUUUGUUCACUCACGGAGGGGGGGGAGGGAGUUAGAAGAAAUUCUUGAAGAAGAGAAAGAAGGGAAAAUUCCUUCUUGCUUAGUAUCAAUUUUUAAUAAUAAUGCAGAAUACCAAGCUCUUUCCCCCACCUCUAGAAAGUUAAUAAACCAGUGCAUGAAAGACCACGACUAUAAAAAAUGUGGCCCAGACUGUGAGCACUUAAAAAGAGCUAUGGCAAUAAAAAUAAAAAUUAUUGGAAAAUUGUAUCCUUUAAAAAGGAUGACCAUUGAUUUUGAUUAG